UCCUCCUGCGUAACGACGCGCUCUUACAUGGAGGCAUCCCGGAAGACUCGGCCACAGUUCUUCACUCAAACACAUUUACGCACCGUUUGGCUGCUUGUGCUUCAAGUGUCGCUCGCUGCCGCCGAUAUAAUGUCAGCAAAGACCGAACUGCCGCGCAGAGAUCGAGCUAUGAAGGGACGAGAGGAGAAAGUGGUCGUGGCAGACAAGCAUGCAGUCAAUGGCAAACCCACAGUGGAGCCUUUUCCAGAAGGCAUGGAGACCAUCAUAUUUGGAAUGGGCUGUUUCUGGGGAGUCGAGAGGCUUUUCUGGCGGCUUCCGGGAGUCUUUUCCACACAGGUUGGCUACGCCGGUGGCUUCACACCCAACCCCACCUACCAUGAGGUCUGCACAGGUCUGACAGGCCACACUGAGGUAGUGAGGGUGGUCUUUUCCCCCCAAGACAUCAGCCUCGAGGAAUUGCUGAAGUGUUUUUGGGAGAACCACGAUCCUACACAAGGUAUGAAGCAGCACAAUGACAAGGGCACUCAGUACCGUUCAGCCAUUUACACAUCCAGCCCCGCUCAGCAGGAGCUUGCAUUGAAGACUAAAGUGGCCUUCCAGCAGGAGCUGGAUAAAAAAGGCUACGAUCCCAUCACCACUGAGAUUCUGGAGGGGCAGCAGUUUUACUACGCAGAGGACUAUCACCAGCAGUACCUGAAGAAGGUACCAAAGGGCUACUGUGGCCUCAAAGGCACCGGGGCCUCUUGCCCCAUCAGAGCCGGGAAGGAUGAGUUGUGAAGGAUCAGUUAAUGAGUGAAGAUUUUAUUUGGCAUUAAUGGCAUUGUUUGAAGUGUUUCAUUCCCCUUUUAAAAACAUAUAUAUGUGUAUAUAUAUAUAUAUAUAUAUAUAUAUAUAUGCAUUUCUAUGGAGCAAUAGGAGUGCCAAAUCAAAAUAUAAAUAAAUAAAUAAAUAAAUGUGGAAAUAUAAAGAGAAAUAAAUAAUUAAAUAAAUAAAUGUGGAAAUAUAAAGAGAAGCGGGGCUUCCUCGUCGUUCCUGAUCACAGGCCGCUCAGAGGGGCGUGUCGUGUCUACUCUUCAUAUGCCUGUGAUCAGGAACGACGAGGAAGCCCCGCCUAGAGCCAUUUGAUUGACAGCUCAGUCCACCAAGUGAAAGCAAACUGAUUUGCAUUUUAUUUCUUACAUUUUAUUUCUUACUUCUUUCCUGACGCCAGCUCCUGGCGUCAGGAAAGAAGCCUGUGUGCGGGUACGACUCCCCACCCUGAAAAGGAAGCCCCGCCCAGAGCAAACUGAUUUGCAUUUUUCUAUUUCAUGGUGUCAGGCAUUAUGAAAUAACCACCAAGAAAUAAAAUGCAGGAGUCCUUCCUGACACCAGCUCCCAUCACGGCUGAAGUGAAGCCGUGUCACCGUGGAACUUCGGCUGAUUCUGCCAUCAGACACUGAAAGGACGCUGCUAAUUCGGUAAAUUAAUGUUUAUUUUCUUAUCAGUGGCAGAAUAAGCCGAAGCUCAACGGUGACAUGGCUUCACUUCAGCCGUGCUGGGAGCUGGUGUCAGGCAGGACUCCUGUGUUCAGAAUCCCCGCCCAGAGCAAACUGAUUUGCAUUUUUCCUUUUCUUGGUGGACUGAGGAAAUAUAAAGGGAAAUAAAUAAAUAAAUAAUUAAAUAAAUAAAUGUGGAAAUAUAAAGAGAAAUAAAUAAUUAAAUAAAUAAAUGUGGAAAUAUAAAGAGAAAUAAAUAAAUAAAAGGAAAAAACAGAAAAGGUAAAAGCAAAGACAAAAUUUUCCUUUUUAUUUAUUUAUUUAUUUAUUUCUCUUUAUAUUUCCACAUUUGUUUAUUUAUUUAUUUAUUUCUCUUUAUAUUUCCACAUUUAUUUAUUUAUUUCUCUUUAUAUUUCCACAUUUAUUUAUUUAUUUAUUUAUUUCUCUUUAUAUUUCCACAUUUAUUUAUUUAUUUCUCUUUAUAUUUCCACAUUUAUUUAUUUAAUUAUUUAUUUAUUUAUAUUUUGAUUUGGCACUCCUAUUGCUCCAUACAUUUCCAGUGUGUCAGUCACUGAGUCUAUACUUAGUGACAUAUUACUCUAGUGACAAAAACAUAACCAAGUCUCUAAUAUUCUGUUAAAAUCUAUGCAGAACACUAACCAAGUACAGAAAAGUAACUUUCUGUAAACAAAGCCUUUCAUACAUAUAAGUAGCUCAAAGUGCUUUACAUGAAAUAUGAAAAUGCAAAUACCAAAUAAGAUGAAUGAAUAACUGUACAAUCACACCUUCAGAUAAGAAUGCAGCAGCAGUCCACAUGGUGGCGACAUUUUUCAAAGAAAGCAAUGCAGCUCCUGCAGACUUUUUUCUGUUAAUGUGACAUGAUGAAGCCAAGGAACCAUGUAUAAAACUUAUUCUUGCACGGUGAACUGGAAGAAGAAUUGCCAAACCUAAAUGGUUUUCUAAUUCAGCGUCCGUUUCACAUCCAUUUUAAAGUCUUACAUGCGGAUUAUAAAUACGUUCCGCGGCUUAGUAGCAGACAAGAUUGAUUUUAAUGUAGUUUAACUAAUCAGAAUUAAUGUCAGCACUGUAAGAUCACACUGCUUUUAUUUUCCUAACGUGUCAAUUUGGAAAUAAUAAAACCUUUUGCUUAUA